GAAAAGAAAGGUUGAGAAAAGAGAAAUGAACCCUCAAAAGGAUAAAACAAAACAAAACCAAUGUUGUAUGCUUGAGAACCAAAGGUAAUGCUUUGUUCAGCUUCACCAUACCAAGAUGCCAUUUUUUCUUCUUCAACCUUGUAAGUCUUCCUUAUUCUUCACCUGCAACUCCUUCAUUUUCAGCAAGAAGCCUCUAACAAACUCAAACAAACUAGUUUCUCUAACACCCCACAAAUUUUGUUAUUUUCCCAAUAUUGUUCUUUCCACACCUCAUGGUUCAAUGGUUACGAAGAAAGUUUCGAUUUUGAGUGGUGCCCACUUCAAGUUUUGCUCUAGGAAUGCUGGGUUUGAUGGGGUUUCCAGUGAUGUAUCUCGAGAAGCCAUUGAUGACGAAAUUCAAGAGCUUGAAGGCAUUGAGUUGUUGAACAAGCCUUCACCUGUUAUAGAAGUUGAGAAAGAGCAAGAGAAGCCUUCGAAAGAGGAGGCUUUGGCACCGUUUUUGAAGUUUUUCAAAGGGAGUAAGGAUUAUGUGAAGGAAGUCGAAGAAGAGAAUGAGGUAUUGGAAGUUUCUGAAGAGAAAGAUAAUGUGAGUGAUGAGAAAGAAAAGGAAGAUGAUGAAAAUGAAAAAGAUGAAGAAAAGGAACAAGAAGAAGAUGAUAAGAAGGUUAAUGUUGAGUACUAUGAGCCGAAACCGGGGGAUUUUGUGGUCGGUGUUGUUGUUUCUGGUAAUGAAAACAAGCUUGAUGUGAAUGUUGGGGCAGAUUUACUAGGUACAAUGUUAACCAAGGAAGUGCUUCCUUUGAAUGGUAAAGAAAUGGAGAGUUUGUUAUGUGAUAUGAAUAGGGAUGCAGAGGAUUUUACGGUUCGAGGGAAGAUGGCAAUCGUAAAGAAUGAUGAAGUAAUGAGUGGAGUAUCAGUGCCUGGAAGGCCUGUUGUAGACACCGGAACCAUUUUGUUUGCCGAGGUUUUAGGUAGAACCCUUAGUGGUAGGCCAUUGCUUUCUACUAGAAGACUCUUUCACCGGAUUGCUUGGCGUCGAGUGAGGCAGAUACAACAGCUCAAUGAACCUAUUGAGGUUAGAAUUACAGAAUGGAAUACCGGCGGCUUGUUAACAACAAUUGAGGGUUUGCGAGCAUUCCUACCUAAAGCUGACCUUGUGACAAGAGUAAAUAGCUUUACCGACUUAAAAGAAAAUGUGGGACACCGAAUGUACGUAGAAAUUACUCGAAUAGAUGAAGCUAAAAACUCUUUGGUACUUAGUGAAAAACAAGCUUGGGAAAAACUAUAUCUUCGCGAAGGGACAGUUAUAGACGGAACAGUACAAAAGAUAUUUCCGUAUGGUGCACAGAUUAAGAUAGGAAAAAGUCACAGAAGUGGGUUGCUGCAUGUUUCAAAUAUCACGCGAGCCAAAGUUACUUCUGUCAGCGACAUACUUUCUCUCGAUGAGGAGGUUAAGGUUCUUGUUGUGAGGUCAAUGUUCCCCGAUAAAAUUUCUCUAAGCAUUGCAGACCUUGAAAGUGAACCUGGGCUUUUUCUUUCAAAUAGAGAGAGAGUAUUUCUGGAGGCUGGUAUGAUGGCAGAGAAAUAUAAGCAAAAGCUACCUCCUCCUUCUGUCACUACAAGAGGACCUUUGCCAACUAGUGAUUUGCCCUUUGAAAAUGAAGCACUUUAUGCAAACUGGAAGUGGUUUAAGUUUGAAAAAUGAUGACGAAACAAGCUUUCACAGAAGCAUGAAAGAAAUUAUUCACAGAGAGAAGCUCAAUGGAGAGAAUCUGAUACUGCAUGGAACACUUGUUCCACGACAGACUUGCAUUUUUGGAAGAAAACGUAAAGAACCUCCUCGACUGGAAAAAGCUUUUGACACUGUCAUUGUUCGUAUACGUUGUUUGGGCACGAAACAAGAGUGUGUCGUGAAGUAUAUGGUGAGAAUAAUCAAGGCCUAAUUCACUUUUUUUACCUUUAAUUUUCUCACUCGUGGACAAAAAAAAGGUUUACUUUGAUUUUUUAUCUUCAUUUUUUUGAGUUUCUUCGUCUCCUUUUUUGGUGUCAUUUUAUAGAUAGACUCAUAUAGUUGGAUGUAAAUUCUGAAGGCAAACUAUAGUAGUUUAAUUUUGAUUUUCUUUUUGUCUUCUUACAUUUAUCAUCUAAUUAUGUGUUGACACUUUUGAACUGUUAAGUCACAAGAUUCAUUAAAUGAUGCUAUAACAUAUUUUGAUUCAAUCCCUUAACUCAAAUUUUGAUUUGAUAUUUUUUCCCUGCUUGAAUAUUUCCUUGCUUUUUAUUAUGAAUUUGGACUAGUAAAAUAAUAUCAAAUUUUAAUACAAAGAGUGUAUUUAUAUAUAUAGUAGUGUUCAGAGCCAAGAAAUCCUCUAACAAAUUUAAUAUCUCUAACAAACUAACUUAACAAAAAUAAAAUCAAAAUAAAAUAAAAGGAGACCUUAUAUUUUAACAUCUCACAAACUGAAAUGUAUGUUAAUCAUUUCAAGUUUGAAAACAAGACUAGAGAAUGGACCAAGGUGGAGAAGUUUUGUGAAAAGAUAAACAACUUAGAAUGGACCAAGGUGGAGAAGUUUUAUGAAAAGAUCAGCAACUUGAUUCUUGGAUUCUAUAGGCAUGAGGUGUAUCAGAUUGGCUUGUAUUUUGUCACGGAUGAGGUGACAAACCAUUUUGAUGUAUUUAGUUCUUUCGUGGAAAACUGCACUGGUUUGGAAGCGAUGUAAAUGAUGCUUGUGUUGUCACAGAAAAUUGUAACUGGCAGAGGAUAAGGAAUUGAGAAGUCUUGCAGCAAAUAUAGAAACCAUUGAGCUUCAUAGGACAUAUUUGCAAGGGCUUGAUACUAUACUUAAGAUGAUAACAUGGACACCACUUGUAGCUUUUUUUCAUUUCCAACUAAUGAUAUUA